UGUGAAUUCAUGUGUAUGUAUAAAUGUCAAAAUAUGACUUAUUUUCUACUGCUUAUUGUCACUUUGUGUCUCUACAGGUACGACCACAUAAAGAAGGUUUGAAGACCACGGAACCUUAUCUUUUAGACAUUUCAUCAAGAAUUCUGGAGUCAAAUAAAGCCAUCAGCCAUAAUCUGGUAGAAGGUGACGUGGCUGUUUCAAAGAAGAGGAAUGCCAUGAAAUGCUGGAACGGCUCGUGCAAAUGGCCAAAAUCCUUCAAUGGACUCGUUGAAGUGCCCUACAUCCUCAGCGAUUACUUCUAUGGCGGUGAAAAGGCCUCCAUUAAGACAGCCAUGGACACUUUCCACAAGAAAACCUGCGUACGGUUUGUUCCUCGUCGUGACCAAUCCGAUUACCUCAGCAUUGAGAGUGAAAUGGGGUGCUGGUCUACCAUAGGCAGAGAGGGAGGGCAGCAGGUGGUCUCUCUGUCUGUGUAUGGCUGUCUUGAUCGUGGGACCGUUCAGCACGAGCUCCUCCACGCACUCGGCUUUCACCAUGAGCACACAAGGAGCGACAGGGACCGGUACGUACGGAUCAACUGGAAAAAUAUUCCAUCAGCAAGUGUCAACAACUUCAACAAAAUGAACACUAACAACUUGAACACGCCUUACGACUAUUCCUCUGUUAUGCAUUAUGGAAGAACUUUCUUUGCAUCAGCAUUUGGAGCGGACACCAUCACUCCCAUUCCAGAUUCCUCUGUGCCAAUUGGACAGAGGAAUGGCAUGUCAUAUAUUGAUAUCGUCAGGAUCAAUAAAUUAUACGAAUGCAAUGUAUAAAAGCGACAACCAUGCCUUCAUGAAAUAUCCCCCCAAAAAAGAAUCAAUGAAUGAUAUGCAUGUAUUGUUGAUGAACUCAAACCAAAUGAAUGAAAACUGUGACCUCAUGAACAUGCACCCUGUUUUACCUGUUGUCUAUAACAUCUUUAAUUCACAAUUCAUUUAUUACAUCUCUUAUUUUGAAGCACACUGAUCAAGGGCACUCUUAAAUAAAA